AUGACCGUUGGCAAGCGAAUUCAAUCCGGUUCCCCUGAAAACAUGUCACAUUAGAAAAUGUAGAAGAUUGCAUAAUGCCUGUCAAUGUGAAGUACCUUACCCAAUUCGACCUCAUUUACAAAGCAGCUGUACUGGGGUUACCUGCAGUGAUAUUUUCAAGCGGGGGUCUCGAGUAUCACAACACAUCUACAUAUGGCGUUGAUAUCAGCGACUGUUCGAGCAUCAGUUUCACAGUAAAGACCUGUGAGGACGGCUACAUCCUAUUAGGAGACGGUAGCAGUACGGGGUCUUAUGAAAUUGCCCUUGGAGGGUGGGACAACACGAAGAGUGCCAUUCGAGAAUGUGGAGGGUGUGAGGGCGAAGAGGAACAGACUCCUCAGCUGAUGGACUGUGAUUCGUACACGAAACUGUGGCUCGCCUGGUCUGCAGAGAAGGUUUCUCUUGGAAGAGGAAUCGUAAAGGGUGAAGAUGUACUAGUCAGCCGAGACAUAUCUACCGUACACAGGGUAACAACCAUGAGCGUCUCUGCACUUGUUUACAAUGCGACGUAUACAUUUGGUGCAAUGCAUGACGUCUUGUACAAGCUCGUCGGGGAAAAUGUCAAGUUUGAGAACGGUUUUCUUGAUGAAACACCAACAAGCCUACUGGACUGUGGGCGUCUCUGCAAAGCGCAUGCGCUGUGUGGGAUGUUCAGCUUCAACAGCGCCAAUGAAGCAUGCGCCCUCUUCGAUAGGAUGGCAUCACAGCUGAGUCAGAAUCCUCAACCUCAGUGGCACUCUUGGGUGGUGAAAUACUGCUAGAUUCACAGUUUACCUCGCCGUGUUCUGAUUUGACAAACAUUGUCGAUAGUGCUGGAUUUGCAGUCAUAUAUGCGAAGAAAAACCCUUGAU